UUGAGUGGUAAGAGGGGAAUGUGUAGCAGAGACGAUGGGUCUUACAGAGUGUGGGAGAUGAGUGUUUUUUAGGGAGAAGAGUGCGGAGCACGAGUGUGUGUGUGUGUGUGUGUGUGUGAAUAUCGGUGGGGGUGAGCUUCUCUUGUGUCACAUUCCAGCUUCCAGGGCUCGAUCCCUGCCUGCUGAGAGACGGACCUGGAAAACUUUGGAAAAUCAUUCUUGGAAAACUGUGAUUGGAAGCUGGAAAGUCUUUUGAAACCAUCCCUGUAUCUCUUUGUGACUUCGUAUUGUUGCUGUAGGAGUGACUCCCUCUCUGCUGCUGCUGUUGUUUUGGGGUCUCUGGGCUUUGGAUAGUGGUCUCACUGGAGCCGCGCUGACGCUCUCCGCAUUACUACGGCAGAGGAGAGGAGGGGAGAGAACAUGGAACUUCAAACGUGUUUCAUUGGAAGGGAUUUAUAAUCUGGAUCAUGGAUAUUGACAGAGAAGACUGCUGUCCUGUUCUCAGCUGAGGGGACCAGUGCAUAUUUCAUAGAAGACAGAAGAGAGAACCCAGUUCAGACUUUAUGGAAGGGGGUAGCCAGAAAUUGUUUCCAUAAAACCAUAGAAUAGAAUUAAAGACCACAGUCAGCCAAGUCUGACUCAUACACAGAAGAUAUGAGCCUAGGCCUCUCUCAUGCCAGAGAGAGACAGUUAGUGACAUCAUCAUGAACGCCCCGCCCACAGGAAGCCCCAGCCAAAAUAUGGAGGUGAAGGUGGUCUCCCAGGAGAUGGCUUUGUUUAGCAAUGCCCUGGCAGCCUACACCUUCAUAGCAGACCAGCCUGAGCGAGUAACUCUGGUGUUUGUUAGUGGUGUGUGUGUGGGUCUCCUCCUCACCCUCUGUGCCCUCGUGGUCCAGAUACACUGUCGCACCGACUGUCACUACAGUAACCGACGACGACAUAACCAUCAGCAUAGCAACAGGCAUCCCCACCAUCACCAUGGGGACCAUCACUGUCACCACCAUCCCCGACCUGGCAACCCUAACACUAGCAAUCCCGGCGUAACCACAGAGAUGAGCGGAGACAGCGAAUCAGUGGACUGGGACGACGGGACUUCUGACCUAUCGGCUCGACGACGGAGGCGCUUUGAGAGAACGCUACUGCACACUAGCGUGUUCACGUCCGUAGAAGAGUUGGAGCGAGCUCAGAGGGUUGAGGAGAGAGAGAGGAUCAUACAAGAGAUCUGGAUGAACGGACAUCCUGACGUCAACACUGUCACACGCAGCCUCAACAGAUACUACUGACAGGGACAGAGAAAACAGGGCAAAAAAUAGAUGGAUAGACAGACAAAUGGACAAAGAGGAAGGAUAGGGAUAAUAUACACUUUUAGACAAGGUAGCAUCGAGAGGCUCAUGAAGCACAGGACUGUUAGCCAGGGAGAGAGGGGACAAUGACACUGGGCCACAGAACCAUGGGUGUGUCUGAGAACACCAGACUGAUGUCACGACAGGAUAUGAACCCGGGUCCCCCAUUGGAGAAACCAACGUCUUGACCAUUAGACCAAGAGGAAAUGACCAAGAGCAACCAUGACCUGACUCCACUAACCCACAGCUUUUAGAUCUGUGAUGGGGCAAGUAGGGAAUGAGAAUGCCUCCUGAUUGUGGCCCAGGAUGGUUCCUCCGGGGUCAGACCCCUUUCACAUACUGAGGUGGAUGAUGUCACCACCCCGUGGAUACACUGUGACCUUCCUGACACCAUCCCCAUCACCGUUGACAAAGGCCCACAAUUCACCUCUGUGGAAUACUCUGAUUUCCUAGCCGAACGUACCGCACUACGUUGUACCUGACUGUUACGUUCAUACACAGCACGGUUCACUACCAGGACAAGGACCACAGAGAAAACCUGUUAACUAAAACAUAUCAUGUUUGCCUUCACUCAAUCUUAAUGUGUAUUUAAUUGAUCCACUCUUGU